UCUGAGAUAACUGCAGUCCUUCAUAAACAGCCUGCAGUCUUCUGCUCUGGUGAGUUUAGGUUUGUUUUUAGUUUAUGGAGAAAUCUGAGUCUCAUUUUCAGCACUGUGAAAGAAAGUGAUUAUUAACUGGACCUACAAAGUCGUCUGUUUAACUGAAAAGAAACCUGAAAUUAGAGUGUUGUUACUUUUACCAAACUGAAAGUGAAACUCUGAGCAUUCGGACUGGAGAGAACAACAACUGCAGUAAAAUAAAAUGGCUUCUAAGUUUUCAGAGGAGGAUUUCUCCUGUCCUGUGUGCUGUGACAUCUUCAAGGAUCCUGUUGUUCUGCACUGCAGUCACAGUGUGUGUAAAGUGUGUUUGCAGCAGUUCUGGGAGACCAAAGGAUCCAGAGAAUGUCCUGUUUGUAGGACAAAGUCAUCUAUGAAUGAUCCUCCCACAAAUCUGGUCUUAAAGAACCUGUGUGAGACUUUCUUACAGGAGAGAAGUCAGAGAUCUUCAGGGUCUGAAACAGUCUGCAGUCUGCAUAGUGAGAAAUUAAAACUCUUCUGUCUGGAUGAUCAACAGCCGGUAUGUUUGGUUUGUCAAACUUCAAGAAAACACACCAACCACAAAUUCUGCCCCAUUGAUGAGGCUGUAACAGACUGUAAGGAGGAGCUCAAAACUGCACUGAAGCCCCUACAGGAGAAACUGAAGAUCUUUACAGACUGUAAACUGAACUGGAGUCAGACAGCAGAACAUAUAAAGAUUCAGGCCCAACACACAGAGCAUCAGAUUAAGGAACAGUUUGAGAAACUUCACCAGUUUCUACGAGAUGAAGAGGCAGUCAGGAUCGCUGCACUGAGAGAGGAAGAGGAGCAGAAGAGUCAGAUGAUGAAGGAGAAGAUUGAGAAGCUGAGCAGAGACAUAUCAUCUCUUUCAGACACAAUCAGAGCCAUAGAAGAGGAGAUGAGAGCUGAAGACGUCCUGUUCUUACAAAACUACAAGGACACAGUGAAAAGAGCCCAGUGCACACUGCAGCAUCCAGAGGAGCUUUCAGGAGCACUGAUCCAUGUGGCAAAACAUCUGGCCAAUCUGAAGUUCAGAGUCUGGGAGAAGAUGCAGGACACUGUCCAAUACACACCUGUAACUCUGGACCCCAACAGUGUUCAUCCUAAUCUCAUUGUAUCUGAUGAUCUGACCAGUGUGAGACUCAGUGAUGAGGAACAGAAACUUCCUGAUAAUCCAGAGAGAUUUGAUAAAUGUGGCUGUAUCCUGGGUUCUGAGGGCUUUAACUCAGGGACACACUGCUGGGAUGUUGAAGUUGGAGACUGUACAUGGUGGAAUGUGGGUGUGAUGACAGAAUCUGCUCAGAGGAAGGGGGAGAUAAUCUCCAGAAGUGGAAUCUGGUGUGUGUGGUAUUAUAAAGGUGAAUAUGUAGCAGUUUCUACACCACAGACAUUGACUCCCCUCUCAGUAGAACAUAAACUACAGAGAAUCAGAGUGAAACUGGACUGGAACAGAGGAAAGCUGUCAUUCUACAACCCUCUUACUAACACACACAUACACACUUUCACACACUCAUUUACUGACAAAUUACUGCCAUAUCUAAGUGUUGGAUCUAAAGAAUCUCCUCUAAAGAUCCUCCCACUUCAGUGCUCUGUAAGAGUGAAUCAGAUCAGUUAGAGCUCAUAUUGUUUUAUUACAGGUUAAAAGAUUCAGAUUCUUUGUGAAAGUUUGUUGAAAGUUGAAAGCACUGAACAGUUCAUUGUGAAAAGUUUGGCAUUUGUAAAUAACCAUAAGUAUGUUUUGUUACAGGAAAAGCGAUUGUCUUUUAUUUAGAAAAUUUUGUAUUGCAAUGGUUGACUUCCGGACUUAAGCUACACCCCCUUUUUUUAGUUCAAGAUGCGCGCGCGCCCUGGCUAUUAUAAGUGCAGUUUAUAGUAUAGCUUGGUAUCCCAAAAACGGCAAUAACUUUGACCGGAGCCAUUGUUAAUGUCUAAUUCAUACUUGCAGCUCCUCAAAAGAGGCAAAAGAUGUUAAAUAAGUUGAGAUACAGUAUGAGCAUUUUGUCUGUUAAUGUGUUCGUUUUGCACAAAUGUAAGACAGCAGAUUGUGAACAAUGUUAGCUGAUCAGUUGCAUGUUUUGUUUACAUCUGAGCUCUUAUGUUGGUGAUAUGGUGAAUGGAUUAUGGUUCAUAAAGGAUUAAACAUCAUAAAACCGUCAGUAAAAGUCUCAUCCUUGUUGCAUGCUACAGCGUUAUUACUGUUACGGUUCAGCCCGGACAUUUGGCCAUGUGCUUCUGUUUAUGUUCUGUAUCACGUGUCUGCCCCGCCCUUGUUUACUCCUCCCCGUCUCUACACACCUGUUCCCUAUGUGUUCAUUGUCAUGUCUAUUUAACCGUGCUGCGUUGCCGAUGGCAGGGCGGAAUCAUUGUCAGUGUGCCUCGUCCUUCGUCCUGUUGUUGUUGUUGUUGUUC